CAACCCUCCCCGUUCCUCAGCUCCACGCCCUCGAAGUCAAGCGCGGACUCCAUGUCACGCCCAUCCAGCGGUGCCCCAACCGACGGGUCAUUGUUAUGGUUGUCCUGCGCAGAGAUGAAGUCCCCAGUCGUCUUGACAUUGCCGUCACGGCCCCGCUUCUCGUCGCGCCCCGCGUAACCAUACUGAUUCGCCUCCUUGAGCACCGUAAUUGUGCGGACAUCCCCAGUGACCGCUAG